CCCAACUUCACCUAACACCUCUAGUUCUCCGGAGACCGGAGAUGUUGACUUUGAUGCCUUUAUACUCCUCUUUGUUCUCUCAUCUCACUAAUUUCAAUGGCGUCUGCUUCAUCAUCAUCUUCUUCUUCUCUGCUAAAUCAUACCAGCUGCCAUGACGUUUUUUUAAGCUUUAGAGGUGAAGAUAAUCGUAAUUCAUUUACAGAUCAUCUCUAUGCAGCUUUAAAACGAGCAGGAGUUCGCACUUUUAGGGAUAAUGAUAAUAUCGACAGAGGUCAACAACUCAAGUCUGAAAUUGAGAGAGGAAUCAAAGAGUCUAGAGCUUCUAUAGUUGUAUUAUCAGAGAAGUAUGCGAAUUCCAGCUGGUGCCUUGACGAGCUUGUUUUGAUCCUUGAGCAAAGGCGGAGCAUAAAUCAUUUUGUUUUACCGGUGUUUUACCAUGUCGAUCCCUCAGAUGUUAGGAACCACAGACGACGUUUUGCAAUAGAAGUAGAGGAAGGAGUAGAAGGGUCAAAAUGGACAGAGUAUAAUGUCAAUCGAUGGAAGGUAGCCCUUUCAGAGGUUGCUAAUUUGACAGGAAUGGUUUAUUCGGGGUCUGAAACAGAGUUUAUCGCAAAAGUGGUUGAUACAAUUGACUGUAAACUAGAUUUGAAACUAGUUACUACUCCAGCUCAUCUAAUUGGAAUAGAUUCUCGAGCUAUAGCUAUCAACUCUUGGUUGGAAAAAGAGCAAUCUGGUGAUAACGUUCUAGCAAUUUGUGGCAUGGGAGGUAGUGGCAAGACGACUCUGGCCCAAUUCAUUUACAACUCAAACAAGCAAAAAUUUGGAAGCAGCAGUUACCUUGAAGAGAUUGGAAAGCACUCUAAACAGUCUGAUGGUUUGCUUGGGCUACAGAAACAACUUCUCACAGACAUUCUAGGUGGAAACAAUAUUGCAAGUAUAUCUAGUGUAUCUGCAGGGACAAGGAAGGUUGAGGAUGCCUUACAAGUGAAAAGGGCGAUUAUUAUUCUUGAUGAUAUUGAUGAACAUGACCAAUUAGACGCUUUACUUGGAACAAGGGCUUGUCAUACCCAAAGCAAGAUCAUAAUAACAACUAGGCUUUUAGAUAUACGUGCAUGGUUCAGGUCCAUAUCUUGGAAGUGCGAGGUGCAAAAAUCCGAAUUGUUGAAUGAUGAUGAAUCAUUACAGCUUUUGAGUUUCCAUGCAUUUGGAUCCAAAAUUCCUAUGGAAGGUUUCAAGGAGCUCGCAGUUCAGUUAGCAAAGUAUUGUGGUGGAAACCCACUAGCUCUUAAAGUAUUGGGUUCUUCUCUAUUUUCUGAUGCUGAAGUGCCAAGGGAGAAAAAUAGUAUGAUAGGGGUUUGGAGAAGUACAUUGAACUCACUGAAUUCAUUAAAAGGAGAUCUUGAUUGUAAAAUCCAAGGUAUACUACAAAAGAGCUUUGACUCACUACCACAUGCCAGUAACAAAGAGUUGUUUCUGCACAUUGUUUUUUUCUUUGUUGGUGAAUAUGAGGGUUAUGUGGCAAAGAUAUUGGAGCAUGACUGGCAAGCAAAGGCUGGGAUCAGGACCCUCAUUAAUAGAUGCCUUCUUACCAUCUCACCAAGUAAAAAAGUGAUGGUGCAUCAACUGCUUCAAGAGAUGGCAAGAAACAUAGUCCUUAAAGAGAACAAAGAUCCUGCAAAACGUAGUAGAGUCUCACAAAAUGAUGAAUCUUACCGUUUGUUGAGAAACGGAAAGGGUUCUAAAACAAUUGAAGGUCUAGCACUUGACAUGCAAAAGCUCGAGGAAGGGAUUACAUCAAAUCCAUCAACCCUUGAUACAGCUACACUUGCAAAAAUGGACAAACUGAAAUUGCUCAAGCUAGAACAUGUGGAACUCAAGGGGUCCUACAAGAAUUUUCCAGAAUUGAGAUGGUUGUAUUGGACGAGUUUUCGUUUGAAAAAAAUACCCUCCAGCUUAUUUGGGAGCAGCUUGGUGGCUAUACACAUGAGCUAUGGAUUUGUGGAAAAGUUUGAACCGCCCAUGGUUCUUAAUUCGCUGAAGAUCCUAAAUCUUAAAUGGUCCUUCAAUCUUGUCAAUAUCCGCCAUCUUUCCCGACUUCCUAAUCUCGAGACUUUGAUUCUCUCGUAUUGUUUCCGUCUCAGUCUGACUCAUGUUUUGGAAACCAUCAGAGGUCUUAAGAAGCUUUCUCUACUGGACUUUGGAGGGUGUAAUCAACCUUGGAAAGAUGAAGGAAUGCCAGCAUCAUUGUUGGUACCCUUUCCAGACUCGUUAAAGCUUUUGUUUCUCUAUCGCUGCAGUAAUCCGUUAACGCCCCUUACCAAUCUUAAAAUGCUUCGGGUACUCGAUGUGAGUAGUUGUCCAAAUAUAAAAUCCCUCCUUUGUCUCCCAAGUACUCUAGAAGAGCUGUGUACAUCUUGGUGUUCUUCACUGGAGAAAAUAACAUUUGAAUCCGCUGGGUUCAGAUUGCGGAAAUUUGAAUAUCUAGGUUGUGGAAACUUGUAUGAAAUUCAAGGCCUUUUCAAAUUGGUGCCGUUAGAAUAUCUUGAUGAAGCAGAUUUAGGACAUAUGAAAUGGAUCAAAGGAUAUCAUGAUACUAAGGAGAUGCACAUAUGUGAUGAUUUCACAACAUACCGUUCGCAUAGAGCGGUGCUGUAUGAAUAUGGUAUAAUGAGCACAUAUCUGGCACGCAUAAGGGAUCAAAGCAUGCCAACGCCCGAAUAUAUGUCAUCGUCUGCAUUCUUAUCCUUUCGUGUGCCUUCUUGUCCUGAGAAUGGCAGAAUCCGUGGAUUAAACAUAACCGCCUCAUACAGAGGAUCAGGCAUAUCUUUAUCUGCAGCAUACAGGGAUAAAUAUACGCGGGCUUUGUUUGCCAAAGUCAGCAAUACAAGCAAGGGCCUUACUUGGAUGUAUAACCCUGUGAUCUAUGCCAAUGUGGAAGUUGGAGAAGAUGCUGUGUGGUUUAGCUAUUGGCCCAUUGGGAACAUUUUAGACGCUGGUGAUGAAAUCAAUGUGUCCAUCAUUGUGGGGGAUGGAUGGAUGGUAAGCAGGUGUGGUGUCAGCCUUGUGUUCAUGGAUGAUGAUGAAGUAGAGCCAAAAUACUACAAAGAUUACAAGAAAGAGGUAGAAGUUAUCGGAGGAGAUCUAUCUGAAUUUGAGCUGACCACAGGAGCCUACUAUCUCUGUCGUCGCGAUUACUUCAAGUCAACCACCCCUGAUUGGUUAAAUAUGUUAGUUGGUGAUACCAUUCCACGUAAAGAUUUACAUGGAUGGAGAAAAUCUCAUCAGAGCGACUAUAAAACAUCAUAUAUGGAGCCGUUUGCUUACAGAGACGACCGAUAUUCCGAUUGA